GGAAGAAGACGAAAUAGAAAGAGAGGAAGAGGAUGAGAAAGAAGAGAGAGAGGAAGAAGACGAAAUAGAAAGAGAGGAAGAGGAUGAAGAAGAGGAGGUCCAAACAACGAAGAAGGGAAAGAGCAAGACAAAACGAAUUAGAAGAACACGGAAGUCGAGUAUCAGGAGGUACAUGAGCGAGGAGCCGGAAGCAGGGAUCGUGACUCGAAAAGGUCGCAGCGUCCGGAGUCUCGCUGCCUUCAUGGAGAGUGAGCUGCAGCUACAGUGUCCAGCUCUGCCCAAGUAUCCUCAGCUGACGUUUGGGAUAAUGGUAGAGAAGGAGGAGGAGGAGGAGGAGGAGGGAAGAAUGGGAGGGAUUGGGGAGGUGCGAGGAAAUGGGGAGACAGUUGGCGUCGUCGCUGCGAUCGGCGCAAAACUCGGUCGAAUUGGAAGUGGACGCGAUAACAGACAGAUUGAUAUGUCGGAGUGUGUGGGCGAUGAGUGGCGUUCGGGCCAGGCGAGAUCUUGCUGUCAGGAGAGACACGGAGAACAGGGCGGUGACGAAGAUCAGAUUAUGUUUAUCUGUCUCAAGGAGGAAGCGUAG